AUGAUACAAAAGUAAAUGCAAGAUAAUUAUUAUAUAUAAUUCAUUGAAAUGGUUUAAAGUUUAAAUAAAGCAAAAAAAAAACAAACUCGAAAACAUUAUCGUAUUUCUUAUGUCUUACGAAAUGUCACUACAGCUUGUCAAUCGCCCAAUAAAUUUGAAGUUAUGUAUAAUUUAUUUUUACGCUUUACAUUAAAUCAGCCGAUAAAAAAAUCAGCCGAUUUGCUAUGUGAGUUAGACAACAAAUUACAAUUCACAAAUGUUGAGGAGUGAACAUAACAUUACGAACUAUUGUUUCGUAAUUCAAAAUAUGUUGAAAUUAGGAAACGAAAGGAUACAAAUGGUGUGCAUAUUAAGGCGCUACUAUUUUUUAACACUAGUUAUUUAUGAACAUUGA